UCCAGCAUCCGCCAGAUUAUGCGGAUUUCCUAGCUUGAGUCGGCUAGUGUUACAGUUGGAUGGCGGUGGGGGCCUCUGUUAAAUGUUUUGAAUACAGUUUUAGAUUGGAAAAACGAAUUGGAACAAAAGCAUAAUAAUAACGGAAUGGAGAGUUACGAGGACAUUCUCCCACUUAAAAUACACCAAUAAAAGAUGUUGUGUAUCAAAUAUGGUUAUAAAAAGAUGGUUUCUGUGUGUUCUGCUCUUGGCCGUGGUUCUGUACGUGGUGUACACGUUCUCGUCAAUGGACCUGCACCAAGUCGUUCCGUGGGGCUGGAAGUAUUACAGCCAGGAUCCAAACGGAACCGGAAACAUCCUUGUUAACCACAUGAUCAGCUGUGUGGGUCUGUUUGAGGGAAAUGAAGCUGUCCAGUCAGCCACUAUGGAUCUGUCAAAUCAUUGGAAGUACGUUCCUUCCACCCCGACUCAGUACGUGACGUGGACGAAAAACUGUGCCGCAUUCAUCCGAGAUCGCCAAUAUAUCAUGACCAUUUCGGAUGCCGAAUCGGCUCUCCCCAUCGCAUUCAGCAUCCUCGUGUACCGAGACAUAGAACAGAUGGAACGCCUGCUCCGGGUGAUCUACCGGCCCUCCAACUUCUACUGCAUCCAUGUGGACUCGAAGGCCGCCACCGAUUUCAGGGACGGUGUCAAGGGGAUUGCCGACUGCUUCGAUAAUGUCUUCCUGUCGUCCAGGUCGGUGAGCGUCAUCUGGGGAACGUUCACAGUCCUCGAGCCCGAGCUGAUCUGCAUCAGUGACCUGCUGAAGCGUCCGAGCUGGAGGUACUUCAUCAACCUGACGGGCCAGGAGUUCCCUCUAAAGACCAACAGAGAGCUCGUGCAGAUCCUCAACGUGUAUGGUGGGGCCAACGACAUAGAAGGGACAACCGUAAAUAUUCCUGACCGAAAGCAAAGGUGGGGAUCGGCGGGGAAGCUGCCUCAUGGACUGACACCGGUGAAAGGGGCCGUUCACAUUGUGGCUAACCGAGACUUCGUCACGUACGCAGUGAACUCGACUGUCGGACUCGACCUCUUGGCCUGGGUGAAGAAGACCAUUAUACCAGAUGAAACAUUCUUCUCAACACUGAACCACAACUCACAGUUAAACAUACCUGGCACAUAUAAUGGUACAGGUGAAACCAAGGAAAUAAAUCGACCAUUCGUGGCCAGAUACAAGCUUUGGGUGUACAACGAUGGAAUUAUGAUCCACCAGUGUUUUGGAAAAUACGUUCAUCACAUCUGUGUGUUCGGCGUCAGGGACCUGCCCAAGCUCAUCUAUCGUGAGGAGCUGUUCACCAACAAGUUCUACGCUGACUUCGAGCCACUCGCCUACGACUGUAUGGAGCAGAGAUACUUCAGCAAGGUGCGUGCAGAGCAGUGCGGAAAUCACAGCAUUAAUACGCAGUUUUACGAGUCUUUGGGAUUCGUAAAAAAUCGGAUUAGAGCUCUUUAACGGUUAAACAGUCAAAUGUUGCAGUUAAACAGUUAAAUGUUUUGUCAAAUGUUGCAGUUGUGUCUAUUUUGUAAACAUGAAUAUCCUGCCCCAACCCACCAAUGUUAGUGUUUUUAAUCUCUAUCUCUGUAUUUAGGUAACAUAUGUGAUUAUUACUACCAUUUAGUAAAAUUGUGUUAACUUAAAUUAAAGUAGGGCUAGUGAAUUUUUAAUCAUGGCUAGUAAAUUAUUUUAAUCACUGAUCCCAUGGCUAGUGGAUUUCAGUGAAGCAAUCUUUGUGCAGAGCUUUAGAUCUCACUAAAAUGGGUACAACCGACUAUAGUGUCUGUUCUGAGCAUGCCAAGGUCUUUCUAGUGUUAAUAACAGCUGGUAAAGACUUGAAUAUAUUUAGAAAUGUAUUUCAAGUCAUUUUAAUCUGAACACAGCUUACCAAUCCAUUAAUUUUGUACUUGUAAUUGUACUUAACUUGGGCUUGGUUAUGUUGGGCACACCCUAUACCGCCUCGGUUUGGGUGCAACCUAAAGAUCGCUUCGUAGAAUUGGAUCCUGAUGACGAAACGUUAGGAUGUUUUGUUAGAGUAAUUUUUAAAGUUUACUUUAUAAUGAAUUUUCAACUAUGCAUUUUAAAUCUAUACUAAUCUUUCUUUAGGGAUAUUUUUAAAAACAGCUUUUAUUGAGUUUGAUGGAUGACUUAUCUAAAUGUACAUAGUUUUGCAUUACUAGGGUGAUCAUAGCCCAGUGGUGAAGUGCUCGGUUGAUGCGCGGUCAGUUUAGGAUCGAUCCUUGUUGAUUGGUAAUUUCUCGUUCUAUCCAUUGCAUGAUGACUGGUAUAUCAAAGGCUGUGGUAUGUGUUAUCCUGUCUGUGGCAUAGUGGAUAUAAAAGAUCCCUUGUCACUAAUAAAAACAUGUAGCAGGUUUCCUCUCUAAGACUAUAUGUCAAAAUUACCAGAUGUCUGACAUCCAGUAGCUGAUGAUUAAUAAAAAUCAAUGUGCUCUAGUGGUGUCGUUAGACAAAACAAACUUUUACUAUGGUGACAUAUUGAACAUCCAAACUGCGUAGACUCCACUUUAUUACAUAUCUGUUCAAUCUUACUAUAGUGGUAAAGACAUUUUGAAACAAUGUCAUAAAUUUAUUUCAUAUAUGUGCAAUCUGGACCGGAACUUUUAAAUUGGGAAUUCCC